ACUAUUAGCCUUAUACUCAUUCCAUCCAGAUUCUCACGCUUUUUUUAAAGUAUCCAUUUAUAUUAAAUUAGAUUCAUCAUUACUGUUGUAGAUACAGGUAUUUUUAGAUUCUGUUGGCCUUUCCUCCCUUAGCUAACAGAAUCAAACCUGAAAAAACUGUUUCUUCACCCACUGAGGAACUGAUUCCUGUGUCACCAUCCAUUUUUUCAUCUUCCUCACAUCACACCAGAAGCUCUGUAACCACCAAGUGCUCGCUUUUCUUCUUAUAUAUCAAUUCAAAUUAUUGAGUUCCGAGCUUUCAAAUUAGGCCGUUUUGAGUUCAAUGUUCGUUUUACAGAAAAAUUCCGAAAAGUUCAUGAGCGGCAUGGAUUUCUUCCUGAACGCGAAGGCUGUGCGGCUCCGGAGCCACCACGACAAGUACCUGCUGGCGGAGGAAGACGAGGAGUCCGUGACGCAAGACCGAAACGGGUCAUCCAAGAACGCCCGAUGGGUUGUGGAGACAGUACCCGGAUACGACUUCGUGAUCCGACUCAGGAGCUGUUAUGGCAAAUUCACCGCCUCCAACCAGCCCUUCUUGCUCGGCGUAACCGGUCGGAAGGUGCUUCAGACUCAGCCCGGGAGGCUCGAUUCGUCCGUCGAGUGGGAACCUAUAAAAGACGGGUCUCGGGUCAAGCUCAAGACCCGGUACGGGAACUUCCUUAGAGCCAAUGGAGGCCUGCCACCUUGGCGAAACUCCGUGACCCACGAUAUUCCCCAUAGAACCGUCACACAGGAUUGGGUCCUCUGGGAUGUGGAUGUCGUAGAGAUCCAUGUUCAAUCUUCUCCUCGUCAGAAUCCCUCGGCUCCACCUCUGCCUCAUUCCGAUUCUCUCGACUUCGAACCCUACACCAAAUCUCUCCAAUUUUCCAGGCAACAGUCGAGUGAUUCGAAUGUGAGUUCGCCGAGUAAAGCGGAGGGACGAAUCAUAUACUAUCAUGUGGCUGAAGACAAUGGUUCAGUGGAAGAUGAAGGAAUGCAAGGAUAUUCUCUGGUUUUCAAAGGGAGAGUGGAAGAAUUAACUCGUAAAAUUGAGGAAGAGACGGGGCUUGAGGGAAUUAUCGUCUGUUGUCGUAGUCCUUUGAAUGGAAAGCUUUAUCCUCUUCGCUUGGAUCUUCCUCCGAACAAUGUCACAAUGCAGGUCGUUCUGGUUCUUCCUGCUUCAACAGUGGCACGAGAAUUCGAGCAACAAGGUUUGCUGUGAGACGCCCAAGUUAUUGCAAUUUUGAAUCUAUUCAAAUCCAAACAGCUAUGUACAUACUAAUCCAAGCCGAUUCAGAGUCUUUGUGGAAGCAUUUUGGACUAUGUGUUGCAAAGCCGCUUCAAUGGAGAUACCUUGGUAACAGGGGUCGUAAUUUCAAUACA